CUGAAUGCUGAAAUCUGAAAUGACUAAUCUCUUGCCGAAUGUCACAGUCAGAUGAUCGUUUCUUUUACGAAGAAUUUUUUAAAAUUAUUUCCCGAGAAAAAUGAGUUUCUUUUCAAAAAAGCCAACCGCAGCAGAACUGAUGAGGGACCAGAACAGAAAUUUACGUCGUGCUCAACGAGAUAUAGAAAAAGACAGAAGAGAUUUAGAGAGACAAGAAAAACAAUUGGAAAUGGAAAUAAAAAAAGCUGCAAAACAAGGGAAUAAGCAGGUGUGUGCAGUUCUUGCGAAAAAUUUGAUUCAAGUUAGGAAGCAAAAAGCCCGAACUUAUACCGCUUCUUCCAAAAUUCAGUCUGUUGGUUCUCAAACUAAGUUAAUGGCCACUAAUGCAAAACUAGCCACUACUAUAGGAACAACUGCAAAGACAAUGGGAGCCGUCAAUAAAGAACUGAAUCCACAAGGAAUUAUGAAAACAAUGCAGGAGUUUGAGAAAGAGACAAUGAAAAUGGGAAUGGCUGAAGAAAUUGUCGAUGAAAGCUUAAAUGCAGUUUUAGAUGAAUCAGGUGAUGAAGAAGAACAAGAUGCUAUUGUGAACCAAGUUCUAGAUGAAAUCGGCAUUGAAAUUUCAGGAAAGAUGAUUGCAGCCCCAUCAGCUCAUAGAGGUGAACUUGGAGAAAGCAGUAAAGGAAAAGAUGUUAUUACUGAUGAAGAAUUGGAAAAGCAAUUAGCCCAACUGCGAACGUAAAAAUCGUGCAGGCUUCUAAUUGCAUAUUUUGUACAGUAUAUAUUUUUUUAAGUGAAUGAUUGUAUUGAAACUAUUCUUUGUAAAAUUAAUAUUUGUAUAUUCAGGAUAGUACUUAGAGACAAUAAAUUUUUGUAAAAUUGAA